CGGUCACUGAACUAGACGACAGCAACUUCAAUUUACUAAAGAUAAUGACUUUCAGAACUUGAACAAAUUAAACGAACAGCAAUUCAUAAGUCUGACUGACAUUCUUUUCAAUAUCCUGUUGGAGCCAAAAUAGAUGGACAGGCUCUUGCAGCAGCUGAGUGACUUUGCAGAGGAGAAUGGGAUGAGUGCAGGCCUUCUGAGAAACCUUAUGAAGAGUGUCAUGCUGCUUCCCCAUGCAACCUAAAAGGGACAAAGUACGUGUUGUAGUUUAUGCUAACUCAAUAGGUGCCUUGAAGAAAAAUCUGAGGAGAGGAAGAGGACCUUUUCUCUUUAGGACUCAAUGAUGCCAAGGCAGCCCAUUUUUCACAACAGUUGGAAAUUCCAAUACCCUGUGUUGUCCAGGCUGGCUGUAAGGCAGACUCUUAUGGUUAACCAGCUGGUCGACAUGGAGUGGAAGUUUGGUGUCUACGUCUCUUCCAGUUUAAAUUGGUCAUCAGAAAGGGGAACAACUGAAAAUGUCUACAUGGGUGAGUCUCUUACUCUGGCUGUACCAUUUUCCAGUCAACAUGUCAUUGGUUCACUUUGCCUAUUGUUCUUGGUGUCAUUGACAGAUUUGGUCAGUUUUUUUGUUCUUUCUUCAGAGUUGACCCUCCCCCAGUUUUACAACUUCCUCCAUGAAAUGGAGAGGGCCAAAGCCAGUAUGGACUGUUUCAGCUGAGCCUUAUCGCCAGUAGCAUGAGAAUGUACUGAAUAUGUGUACUGGAGGGACAGGAGAAAACAUGAGUGGAGAUGCCAGCGACAGUGAUUGACACUGGGUCUGCCCAAAAUGGCACACUAUUCCCCUUAUAGGGCACUACUUUUGAACAGGGGCAAAGGAGUGCACUAUAUAGAGAAUAGAGUGUAAUUUGGGACAUACAAGGAGUUCAUAAUAGAACAUACAGAAUCUGAAGGGAUCUUCCAGAUUCUCGAAUACCAUUGAAAGAUUUCAAUAUUUGUCUUUUGAAACGUGCACAAUUGUUUCGCAGUAGAGAUUUUGUGUGUGUGAGUAACUGUUCGCGGGUGUGUUUUGAGAGAGUAUUAAAUUGUAACCCAAUUACUUUAAUUCCAUUGGCUGUCACUACAAGUGAUGUGAGGCAUACAUGUAC